AUAUUUCUUUAUGACUCCAUGUUAAGUCCUUGUUUUCUGCCGCGAGGAAUAAAAGAGGGUGUGACUCAAACGUUGUGUGUCAGGCUGUUAGUUUCCAACGUUUGGCAAACAGACGUGACAGUGACUCUGACAAUCCUCAGCGAUAAGCCCGGCCUCCUCAGGACUCAUCCGGUGUCCUGUGGUCGGUUUUUCCUCACAGACGCUCGCCGCUGAUGGAUGCACUCAGUGCAACUGUGGUAUUCCACAUCGCUCCAGAAAGACGGGGCCUCUCAUCGGCUGAAGAAUGAACACAGACGGCCGGCAGGAAGUUUCUCCACAGGACCAGGAGACAGAGUUUGACGGUCCACCUUUGCAAAAGCAGAAGAGGAUCGUCUACUUCUCCAGCGGGGAAAGUCUGGAGCUGGACGACUCUGAAGAAGACGAGGCAGAGGAGCAGAAGUCACAGAGAACCCCCUUUGAAGAGCCAACAAGGAGGAAACGGCUGUCGUUCAAGAAUGUUGCCAUUCUAGUUGGGAGGAUGUCACUGCUGGCUUGUGAUUUCCUCGGGGAGAGACUGGCCGGCGCUCUUGGGCUGAAUGGAGCCAAAUAUCAAUACGCGGUGGAUCGAUAUUACCGUGAGCAGAAGACGGCAGGUCACCAUUUGGAGGACCAGACAGAGAACGCUCAGCUUUCCCCUGGGCUAGAAGGGGGUCACUAUGGAGCCACGGGGGGCGUAAGCGGCCCCUGUGAUCCUGGCGAGAGCCGUGACGACAAACCCCAAGGACGCCAGAACAGAGCCUAUCAACGCAACGAGGACGACUCGUCAUAAACUGAAAAUAGAGAGGAACGUGAAAACCUGGCGGGCAACGUGGAUGUCGGUUUGAUGCUUUACUAAUAGCAAAUGUGUUUCGAGGGACAGAAAAACUGAGCAACUGAGAACUGUUUCAGUUGCAUUCCUGUGGUUCUGGAGAUACCAGAGCAAAUGCUGCUGAGUCCAGUGUAUUAUCUACCUCUGAGGAACAGCAAGAAAAAAAUAGCACGGAUCUACCCCUCUCCAACCUGUUGCUGAGUGCAACUGGCAACAACAGGACUUUAUCCACUUUUUUGAUGGAGAAGAGGAAGACAAAAUUGUCAUAUGAAAUUAAAAAUAUCAGUAUGUUAACAGCUGACUGUAGGCAGGCUACCUUGGCAGAUUGCCUGACUAAUUAUUCAGCUAAUAUCAAAUUUGUUGGGCACAGUGAGCACUAUAUUUAGCCAGAUGUAUUCUGUAUUUUUUGCAUAAGUUUGUAUAUUUGUUGAUCCGUGAGAAGAGGGACGGAACAUGUCUGCCGGAUAAAUUACAUACUUUGAAUAAAAUAGAUUGAAAAUAUAACUUCUUCAAAUAACUGAAGAAACUGACCUGCCAAUGUCACCACAACAGUGAAUGUUUUCAAGGUGUUUGCUGAGUAUUUUUUUUAUUUUAAACCAUGCAGUAGGUGGAUGGUGCCUGUAGAAGCCCUUUGUCCUGGAGCAGAACUCAAUAAAUUAUCAUAGCUUAAAAGAAUUCUGACAUAUGUCGUGACAUCUACAUAUAAAUAUUCAAAUAAAUAAUCUUCUAAGUAUCAAAAGAUGGAGUUGAAAAAUCAUUUUGUGUAUUUUCAAAUCCAAUUGAAAUUGUAUCCUGAGAAUAAAUCAGGCAUUAUUGGAGGGCAUCAGAACUUCUGAGGACCCCAUGACCACUUCCUGUUUCUACCUUUGCUAAAGAGAGCUAGCAGCUCUGGUAGGCUAAUGUUACUCUUUAUUUUUCUCUUCUUUUUCAUUCCUAAGUUGUUCGUCACAACCACAUAGUGUCGACGCCACAAGUGACGAUUUACAAAAUGUUGAUGAAAUUGUGUGACAGAAAUGUUAAACCUUGGCAUAUUGUACAGAUUUCAGGGUUCAAUAUGGCCUCCUUCGGAUCAUCAUAUAACGCUGCAGCCAUGUGGAUCAAAUCCUCAUAUAUUCAUGUCAGACGUCCCACCUUAAACACUGUCCACUUUCAGUCUGAUAGUCCAAGCAAACAAUAUAACGCUAAAAAGAACUUCUUCCUCCUCUGUGUUGUCCUGUAACGUUAUGAGAUAGCAAUGGCAUCGGGGCGAUGCUGAAGAGACGGGAUGCCAGUAUUGUCCCGAGAGGUCAAUAUAUUAAUGAAUGGCAAAGCGUUCUUUGGCAUGGUGUCCAACAGCUGACAUGGUGUCAAACUGUAAUAUGUGACAAAUGAUGAGUUUCAGGCUUAUGACAAUCCUGACAUCCAACCCAGGAACGAGAAACAU